ACGGAGAGGGAGAGGUCUCCGAAAAGAGCAUAAAGCUUCGUUGAAAGUUCGUGCAGCCUUUUUACCUUUUUGGUUUUCUCUCGUCUUCUUCUUCUUCAUCCAUCGAGAGUGUGGUGGAACCCUAGAUCGGGAACGUUCGCAGCUCAGCUUGUUUGUCUCGCCAGGCGUAGGUGAUGGCCACAUUCGAGCAAGCUCCGCCCGGCGAUACCAAAUCGGGAGAGAAGAUCUUCAAGAUGAAGUGCGCGCAGUGCCACACCGUCGAAAAAGGUGCUGGCCACAAACAAGGACCAAAUUUGAAUGGCCUUUUUGGAAGGCAGUCUGGCACCACUCCUGGGUACUCAUACUCUACUGCAAACAAGAACAUGGCUGUUAUCUGGGGGGAAAAUGCAUUAUAUGACUACUUGCUUAAUCCAAAAAAGUACAUUCCUGGGACAAAGAUGGUUUUCCCGGGAUUGAAGAAGCCGCAGGAGCGGGCGGACCUCAUAGCAUAUCUGAAGGAAGCAACUUCCUGAUUCGUUUUUUGGGUGUCAUACAGAUACAGGCAUGCAUGCUAUUUUUUUCGGAAGAGUUUGGUCAAUCCAAUAUCCAUCCGAUGGAAUUCUUUUUUUUUUUUUGGGCUGAAACUAUAGCUUACCAGUACCACAUAAAUUUGUUCAAAUAAAGAGACCAUGUAUUGUGGUCCCCGGUUCUUCCCCAGAAAGCUGAACCCCCCCAUAUUGAGAGAGUGUUAAUUCUCCAUGGAAAUGGAGCCCCGCUGAUUACAGCCUAAUUUAUAUUCAUCGUUGAUAAAAAGGUGUUGAAAUGAAAAGGACACCAUAUGCCAUUUUUUAGUCUGAUUGCAGGAUCACUUCAUCCUCUUCAUCCUAAUGCCAAGUUGGUGGCAUCACCAAACUGUAUUUAUUUGUUGUUAUGAGAUAAGAUGAUACAUACAGGGGAGACGCCCUAGUUAUUCGCUCCA